AUGAAUGUUGUAGGAAAGAGACUCAGAAGCUUGACCACGGAUGCUCAACAGGAUGUCAAGAAGCCUGGUAUGCUAGGACAGAAAGGUUUGUCUCAAAGACGACCAUUGGUGGAACAACGUAACAAUGCAACUCAACUCAUCAGGCAAUCUCUGAAACCAACUGAAAGAUUGGUAGUUCAAAAGGAGAAGAAGGAAAUUGUUCGCAAUGAAAUCAGACAUCCGGAAAUCAAAGGAAUCGAGAGAGAGAUAUCGUAUGUGGAAUUCAGCGAUGAUGUAUAUAAGUACCUGCUGCAUUCUGAAAAGGAGUUCAGUGUUGAUCAAGGCUUUAUGGGUUCUUGUACAUCUGUUACUCCUAAGAUGAGAGCUAUAUUGGUUGACUGGUUGGUACAGGUGCACCAAAGGUUCCAUUUGCUGCCAGAAACGCUUUAUCUUACAAUUUAUCUUCUUGAUUGUGUCCUUGCCAACGCUGACGUUGAAAAAGAUGAGCUCCAGCUCGUUGGAGUCGGAGCAAUGCUUGUUGCUUCUAAGUACGAAGAAAUGUACGCCCCUGAUAUUAAUGAUUUUGAAUACAUUACUGAUCACGCAUUCUCAAAGAAACAAAUCAUUCGCGUCGAGAUGAAAGUUCUCGAGGCUUGCAGCUGCCGCUUGUCACGACCAAACGCCUUAACUUUCUUGCGUUGGCUCGGAACAGAGCUGGGCAUUGCAGCAUCAAAGAUGCAAUAUAGAGCAAAGUUCUUCACAGAGGUUUCUCUAUUGGAAUACAGUUUAACGCAUAUACCGCCAUCGCGGGUUGCGGUUGUCGCUUUAGUAUUAUCAUGCCGUAUGGCUGGUCAGGAUAUAAACCUUAAAAAACUCAAAUCUCUGGUUAACAUUUCCAUCACAGAGCUUGAACCAGCUAUUAAGAGUCUUGCUCAAGCUGUGGUCAAACAACAGGACUACCAAAAAAUGCGUGCUAUAAUAACGAAAUAUGGAUCGCCAAAGAACUUGGAAGUCUCCAAUUUCAGUGCAGAUGAAAUCGCUUUCUUGAAAGAUCUCAUACACUAA